AGGCGCUUCGUUUAAUUAACACACUGUUGCUGAUAUUUUAAUUUUGAAGAUAAACAUAUUUUAAAUACUCAAAUAGCACUGUAAAAAGCACUUUACUUCAGUUCAAGACCGUUUUCCAACAAAUAAAAGAAGUUUCUACAGACACAGCAGAGAGACACCCAGCAUUGAAAACAAGACCCUGACACUCAGAAGCUGUGUGGGACUCACACCUUUUAAAAGCUGAGAGGACAUUGUUCCUGAUCUUGUUUUCUUGUUGUGUGUCUGAUCAGUUGCUGAUGUGGGAUGAUCAGUAGAGAAGAUGGAAAAGAAAAAUGCAGACCAGGGAACUGUUACAGGUGCAUCAGGAAUCCUCAGUUUUUCAGAGAGUUUUGGCAGUUUUGGCCGUGACUACAAGCGUAUAAUCCCUGCACGUGAUGUCAAGUCCCUCAGUUUUGGUAGACCUCAAUUCAGCAACCCUAAGAUUCCUGGUUUGCUGAGGAGAGUUUUCAAGGGGUCUGAUAGAAAGUCCAAACAUCAAGAGGUUGGUGAAUGGAGCCUGGAAGAGUGUCGACACUCCAUCAUGGAGCUGGCAAAGGAGCUGAACAGAGUCGUGAAGAACUCUGCCAUACCUGACCCUGUGUCCAGUGAGGAUAUGUGCAGCCUGGAAGAGUGUCGCUGCUUCAUCAUGAAAUGGGCUGGCGAUUCCCAGACACCAAAGCAAAGCCAGAGUGCUGGGCAGGUUGAGCAAAGAAAAGGAGCAGAGCUGAGAAACAAAGAGGAUCUACCAGGACCAGAGGGGGAGGAGCUGAGUGAGGGGGCGGGGCAGAACCAGGGGGAGGAGCUGAACCAAGAGGAGGAGCAAAGACUGAAGGACAGUCAUGACAUCAUCAUGCAGUGGGCAAGAGAGCUGAAGACAGUGCCAGAGAACUCUGUCUCAGCGGGGGAGGCUGUGGAACAGGGUCUUGCAGAGCUGGUGAAGGAGUGGAAACAUGGCAAGCUGAGUAACAUCUUACCCAUCAUGGAGUUCAUCAUGUGGGCCCUGAUCAAGGAGGAGGCAGACAAGGGAAUUGUUACUCGGAUGUGGUUCUCUAGGAUGCUAAAAUCUCUGAAUAUUGGUGCUGGGAGAUGCAUCCCUGAUUCAGUCUGGCAGUGGAUUCACAAGGCAUCAGUUGAUGUGACUCUGGACCCUGAUACAGCAAACCCCGAGCUCAUCCUGUCUACGGAGGGGAAACGAGUGAGAUGGGGAAAGACACGGCAGAGUCUCCCUGACACUCCAGAGAGAUUUGAUAGCUGGGAGUGUGUGCUGGGCAGGGAGAGCUUCACCUCGGGGAGACGCUACUGGCAGGUGCAGGUGGGGGGGAAUACAGGGUGCAGAUUAGGAGUCAGCAGAGAGUCUGCCGAGAGGAAGGGGGUGUUCAGCAUGAUCCCCCAGCGGGGUUACUGGACUGUGGAGUGGUGGAGUGGAGGUGGGUUCAUUGCUCUCACUGACCCCGAGACCCCCCUCCCCCGGAGCCUGAAGCCCCAGAAGCUGGGGGUGUAUCUGGAUUAUGAGGAAGGGCAGCUCUCCUUUUACAAUGUGGGGACCAGAUCUCACAUCUACACUUUCACUGACAUGGAGUUCAAUCCCAAUGAGAAACUCUAUCCAUUCUUCUGUACUUCGGAUGAGAAUACCAACCUUGUGCUGGAAUCCCCUGACCCUGACCCUGUCAGUGCUGCAGAUUAAACACACAUUGCUCUCUGAACCAGGAAACUGUUCAAACAGCUCAGACAAUCUCCUCUUCACUUUCACUGACACUCUCUCUGCACUCUUCUGGGCUGAUGAGAAGAAAUCCUCUCUCUUCCACCCUCUUACCCUGAGCCCCUCCUCUUUAUUUCUCUACACCCCCUUUCCUACUCUCCCUUCCUAUCUCCCUCUCUCUUUCCCCUCCACCUCUCCAUCUCCAGAUCCCUCUUUCUCUCCUCUUCUGCUCUCCUCUCUCUCUUUCUCUUCCCUCUUAUAUAAUAAUCCCCUCCCUCUCUUUUUCUCUUUCUCUUCCCUCUUAUAUAAUAAUCCCCUCCCUCUCUUUUUCUCUCUCUUCCCUCUUAUAUUAUAAUCCCCUCCCUCUCUUUUUCUCUUUCUCUUCCCUCUUAUAUAAUAAUCCCCUCCCUCUCUUUUUCUCUCUCUUCCCUCUUAUAUAAUAAUCCCCUCCCUCUCUUUUUCUCUUUCUCUUCCCUCUUAUAUAAUAAUCCCCUCCCUCUCUUUUUCUCUUUCUCUUCCCUCUUAUAUAAUAAUCCCCUCCCUCUCUUUUUCUCUUUCUCUUCCCUCUUAUAUAAUAAUCCCCUCCCUCUCUUUUUCUCUUUCUUCCCUCUUAUAUAAUAAUUAUUAUUAUUAUUUUAUUAUUUAUUUCUUAGCAGACGCCCUUAUCCAGGGCGACUUACAAUCGUAAGCAAAAACAUUUCAAGCGUUACAAUACAAGUAAUACAAUAAGAGCAAUAAUCCCCUCCCUCUCUUUGUGAUCACAGUAGCCUUUGUGCGGCCAAGACUAAUAUUUUGCGCUACUUUUGAGUCCUUAAAAAUGUCUUUCAGCACAUCAGUCAAAUGAUCAGCGGCUCGCAAGGCUAUGUUAUGCUCAGACAAAAAUCCAGAAAGCUUCAGCUCUGCAGUUUUAACAGCAGUUUCUAAAUUUACGUUUUCAGUACUCACAUGCAUGCACUGUGUGAUUGACAUCUGAUUAUUUAUUAUUAUUUAUUUCUUAGCAGACGCCCUUAUCCAGGGCGACUUACAAUUGUUACAAGAUAUCACAUUAUUUUUACAUACAAUUACAUUAUUUUAUUUUUUUUUUACAUACAAUUCCCCAUUUAUACAGUUGUUUUUUUUUUUACUGGAGCAAUCUAGGUAAAGUACCUUGCUCAAGGGUACAGCAGCAGUGUCCCCCACUGGGGAUUGAACCCACAACCCUCUGGUCAAGAGACCAGAGCCCCUAACCACUACUCUACACUGCUGCCCUCGGAGCCAAACAUUCUACUCUCCCUCUCUCCACCCUGCCUUCUCUAAUCUCCCUCUCUCCUCCAUCCUCUCUACUCUCCCUCUCUCCUCCCUGCCUUCUCUACUCUCCCUCUCUCCUCCAUCCUCUCUACUCUCCCUCUCUCCUCCCUGCCCUCUCUACUCUCCCUCUCUCCUCCAUCCUCUCUACUCUCCCUCUCUCC